AUGGAAGCCCUGAUACCUGUUAUAAACAAAUUACAAGACGUGUUUAAUACUGUCGGGGCUGAUGCCAUUCAAUUACCUCAAAUAAUAGUUUUAGGAACACAGAGCUCUGGUAAAAGUUCCGUGAUAGAAAGUUUAGUAGGACGGUCAUUUUUACCCCGUGGACCAGGUAUUGUCACUAGACGCCCACUUAUCCUGCAAUUAGUGUACAGCCCAAAGGACAGUAAGGAACACCGUUCAGCUGAAGAAGGCACAGUGAAUCUAGAGGAAUGGGGCAAGUUUCUCCACACGAAGGACAGGAUAUACUCGGACUUCGAUCAGAUCCGUCAAGAGAUAGAACGGGAGACAGACCGCAUGGCGGGCAGCAACAAGGGCAUCUGUCCCGAAGCGAUCAAUCUAAAAAUAUACUCGACCAAAGUUGUCAAUCUCACACUAGUCGACCUCCCCGGAAUCACAAAGGUGCCCAUAGGCGAUCAGCCCGAGGACAUCGAGAACCAGAUUAGGAACCUGAUCAUAAAGUACAUAUCGAAUCCGAACUCGAUAAUACUGGCAGUCACCGCGGCCAAUACGGACAUGGCGACCAGCGAGGCCAUUAAGAUGGCGAAGGAAGUGGACCCCGACGGCAGACGGACCCUCGCCGUGGUGACCAAGCUGGAUCUAAUGGACGCUGGUACGGACGCGAUCGACAUACUGUGCGGUCGGGUGAUACCCGUGAAGCUGGGCAUCAUAGGGGUCGUCAACCGCUCGCAGCAGGACAUCAUCGAUAAGAAGACCAUCACGGACGCGCUAAAAGACGAGGCGACGUAUUUGCAGCGGAAGUACCCCACAAUAGCGACCAGAAACGGGACCCCCUAUUUGGCGAAGACCCUCAACAGGCUACUGAUGCACCAUAUAAGAGACUGCCUACCGGAGCUCAAGGUGCGCGUCAACGUGAUGAUAUCGCAGUUCCAAUCCCUGCUCAACUCUUACGGGGAGGACGUGUCCGACAAGUCGCAAACCCUCCUGCAAAUCAUCACGAAGUUCGCGAGCGCAUACUGCUCCACCAUCGAGGGCACAGCCAGGAACAUCGAGACCACGGAACUGUGCGGUGGCGCGAGGAUAUGCUACAUAUUCCACGAGACCUUCGGCAGGACAUUGGACUCCAUACAUCCUCUUGUUGGUCUCACCAGGAUGGACAUUCUGACCGCAAUCCGCAAUGCAACUGGCCCGAGGCCCGCUCUGUUUGUGCCCGAGGUUUCGUUCGAAUUGCUUGUCAAGAGACAAAUAAGGAGGCUCGAAGAUCCCUCGCUCCGUUGUGUCGAAUUGGUGCACGAGGAGAUGCAGCGCAUCGUGCAGCACUGCGGCACGGAGGUGCAGCAGGAGAUGCUGCGCUUCCCGCGCCUGCACCAGCGCAUCGUGGACGUGGUCACCCAGCUGCUGCGCACCCGUCUGCCGGCCACCAACUCCAUGGUGGAAAACCUGGUCGCCAUCGAGCUCGCCUACAUAAACACGAAGCACCCCGACUUUCAUCGGGAAGCCGCUUUGGUCUCUGGUCUUCUGAAGAGCACCGAUGGUCUCAUAGAAGACCACAGCCCGGUCUACCGACAGAAGACUCCUCGGCCGACAUCAACACCGGUAUCAUCAAUGUUCAAACAUGUGCCAGCUAUCACGGAUGGGCAAGAUAACAAGUCGCCACCACAAACAAAUAACAGUGAAUCACCCAUGGGCUUACAGUUCAAUGGAUCUCCAGAAAAUAAAGUACUCACACCACAAAAACCAGUCAAUUUGCUGCCUGAGGUGCCGAAUCAAACUUCUAGGAAGCUUUCUGACCGCGAACAACACGACUGUGAUGUUAUCGGUGGACGGAGCGACCACACGACAAAACAAAAUUCUAACGAAAAGAUAUUACAAGGCAUCAUCAUGAUGCAUUUGAACCAAAUGGGUGAUUUAGUUGAGCGAUUGAUCAAGUCUUACUUCUAUAUUGUUCGCAAGUCCAUACAAGAUUCAGUGCCGAAGGCUGUUAUGCACUUCCUUGUGAAUUAUGUGAAGGACAAUCUACAGUCCGAGCUGGUGACCCACUUAUAUAAGUCUGACCAAGCGGAGAGCCUCCUGAAUGAGUCCGAACAUAUUGCGCAGAGGAGAAAGGAGGCUGCCGAUAUGCUCAAGGCGCUCCAAAGGGCUGGUCAGAUCAUAAGCGAGAUACGGGAAACACACAUGUGG